AUGUCUUCCUUCUCAGCUCCUUCGUUCUAUUUGUCGCCAUCCAAGGCCGCAUUGCAGUUACAGUAUGUUGGCAAGAACCUCAGAGAGGUUCCAACUCCUGCAGCUGUCUUGGACCUUGCUCCGAUUAGGAGAAAUUGCAAGGCAAUGCUCGAGGCGACCAAAGCUCUUGGACUUGGUUUCCGUGCGCACGUAAAAACGCAUAAGACUACCGAGCUCACUCGACACCAAAUGGGCCACGACUCCAAAGAUAUAAGAUUGAUUGCUUCUACUGUCUCGGAGAUUGAAAACCUUGUACCAUAUUUGCUUGAACGCAAGUCUCAAGGCGCGAGCAUUAAUGCGAGUCUCUCUACACCACAUUCGUCGACAUAUCUGACCUGUAUANNGAUUCUAUAUGGCUUACCCGUUGCUGUUUCUCACAUACCACGUCUUGCAGCCGUUGUACGCGUACUGGGCGAGGGAAGCGUCGGACUCUUCGUUGAUCAUCCUCGGCAAAUAGAACAUCUUGCAAGCCUGGACGAUUGUAGUUGGCCAGGUCCCGUUCCUGUCCUCAUCAAGAUCGCUGCUCCAGUCGCACGAGCUGGGCUGCGUCCCGAAUCUACCAGCAUCGAACCUUUGGUACAAGCUAUUGCACAGACGCCAAAAGUCCACUUGGUUGGAGCCUACGCUCACAUGGGUGAGAGCUACGGAUCCAGCAGUCCACAAGAGGCCCUUGAGUUUCUCAUGAACGAGAUCAGAGAUGCUAAGGUAGGAGCAGACCAGAUUACGCAGGCUCUGCCAAAGAGAUCAACAGGCAAGCUAACGAUCUCGCUUGGCGCAACUCCGACCGCUACAGCUGUCCAAAACGCCCUUGUCGAGACCGAUUGGAACCAGAAGUUCCGAGCCUAUAUCGAAGAAGUUCAAUCAACAUAUCACGUCGAAAUACACGCUGGUGUCUACCCUGUACUGGACAUGCAACAGCUUGCAACACGCGCUCGUCCGAUAAAUGCUGACGGCAAACCGUUACUUUCUACGGAAAACAUAAGUUUGCGCGUCUUAGUCGAAGUCGCAAGCACGUACGAUGAGAGAGAGAAACCGGAGGCAUUGAUAGCCGCCGGCUCAAUAGUGCUCGCUCGAGAGCCGUGCAAAAGUUAUCCAGGAUGGGGAGUGGUAACACCCUGGACAGACAGUCCAGCUCCUGUCGAAACUUCUUCAGUAUAUGAUCCCGAGGGCUCCAAAACGGGCUGGAUCGUUGGACGUAUUAGCCAAGAGCAUGGAAACCUCACUUGGGAGGGACCAACAGCCGGCAUACGCGAACUCAAGAUCGCCGAAAAGGUGAUGAUAUGGCCUAAUCACGCUUGCAUGGCUGGGCCGAACUUCGGGUACUACCUUGUGGUUGAUGGCGAGAAUUCUGAUCCUGACAAGAUUGUGGAUGUCUGGCCUCGCUGGCGUGGAUGGUAA